AUGGUGGUGAUGGGCCAACUCGAAAGAUUCGUUGACGGACUCAAAUCGAAGCUGAAGCUUUUGAAGGCGAAGAAGCCAUACAACAAGAUGGACAAGACGGAGAGCAUGAGAGUCGAGAUCAGAAGCAAGAGAGCUCAGAAGCUCAUAGCGAAAAAUCUUAAGCUCGUCGAUUCGUUAGGCCUAAUAUCGGAUGCUUUGGACCCGCCGCCUCUACUUGACUCGACCCGAACCGAUAUUAAAAACCAAACACGCAUUAGUUCACGACUCGAGGGGGUUGGUCACGCGGGCGAGCUCCGUUCUUAUCCGCGCGGGGCCGAAACCCUCCCCCUCCGUCCCCUCGGCCACCACCACCUCUCCCCCUUCCCCGAUCAUCCUAGGGUUUCAUCCUCCUUGAAGAUGAACGCGCUCUUCGUCUCCAAUCCCCCGAGCUCCUACUCCCCGCCAUUUCACCGCCCGAGAACGUAUCAAAAGGAGGCGAGGAGGGUGUCUUUUGUGGGGUUUCGAAGCCCUAGAUGCACGAUGGACCUUUCAAUAGGUGGCGGCGGCUAUAAUUAUGAGAAUGCUCCAAAAUUUUCACGAAUGAAUGUUUGGGAUCCUUACAAGCGGCUUGGUGUUACCCGUGAUGCUUCUGAGGAGGAAAUCCGAGGGGCACGGAAUUUUCUUCUAGAACAGUAUGCAGCGCACGAGGCAAGUAUGGAAUCUAUUGAAGCUGCGUAUGAGAAGAUACUUAUGAAGAGCUUCAGGGAGCGGAAAAAAUCCAAAAUCAAUCUUAAAAGCAGAUUGAAAAAGAAAGUUGAGGAAUCGCCAUCAUGGGUGCAGACAUUGCUCAGCUAUUUUGAGAUACCGCCAGCGGAUGUUGCUUUAAGACGGUUGUUCCUUUUCGCUUUCAUGGGAGGAUGGAGUAUAAUCAAUUCUGCUGAGACUGGACCUGCUUUUCAAGUUGCUCUUUCACUCUUGUCAUGUAUCUACUUCCUUAACGACAAGAUGAAGAAUGUUGUCAGAGCAUCAUUAACUGGAUUCGGCGCACUUGUUGUCGGCUGGAUUGUUGGUUCAAUACUUGUUCCGGUGGUUCCAACAGCUAUUUUGCCGCCAACUUGGACUCUUGAGCUCCUUACCUCUUUGGUAUCUUAUGUUUUCUUAUUCUUGGCCUGCACAUUUCUCAAGUAAUCUCUGUUAGUUUCCUCUAACUCGAUUUACGAAUUUUUGAGUAGUUCUGUUGUAUUCAGUUGCCACCAUUAGUAGUGCCAUAGUCAACAAAUUAGUAGUAAUGCAGCCUACUAUCGCAUUGUGGGAUGAUUAUUUGAGCUACUUAACUGAAUGAAAUUCAGCUUUUGCCUCUUUAAAUCCGUUA